AUGGGGACACAGAGACAGUUGAUAUUGGCUGUGUCAUGUUCGCUGGAAGGGUUGGAAGAUCUGGAAAACAACGAGAUUGUGCUGGAAAAACUUUAUGACAGCGUGCUGGGUAUCACAUGCGUGGCAGAAGUACAUGAAAGAGGUCACACAAUAUGUGUCACACUGUUUGACACGUCAGGGGCGGAGGACGUCAAUCUUAACCAGGCACUAGCUGGCUGUGUCAAAGAUGAAGACCUGACACCAAAACUGCCUGAGGAUGAUGAGCAGGUUGAAGGCUACGUGAGCCACAUAGCUGACAAUGGCUCCAUCUAUUUCCAAAUGGUGGGACAGGGACUAGAGAGACUGAAUGAAUUGAUGCAAGAGGCGGGAGAGUACUAUUCUAAAGUCAUAGAUUCAACCUCUGAGCCACCGGCUGUGGAAAUCUUCAUCCCAGGUGAAGAAAAUGAGGACUUCCUACACUCUAUAAACCAGCUUCUUCUCUCUGAACCAGAAAUAUUCAUGCCUGAUGACAUCUGCAGUGACACAGUUGAUGAAGACGUAUUACAAGAAUCUCAAACAGACAUUUCCUUGAAUCAGAGCAGUUACUCUGAUGAACCAGAUAAUUCACUCUACAUCACUGUAGACGAAUUCGGUGAAUCUGCCAUUUCGGAUCUGCCAAAUAUGGAUGCCAAUUCUGCAGGCAGUGAGGAAUCUCUGUCUCUAAAUAAUAACACUGAUGUCAAAAAUCAAAAUGCCAGCUCUGAUGGUGUUGCCUCUGAAAGACAUCAAUCUACCAGCUCAAGUUUAGGUGAGAUCAGUGCUGGAGGAGACGGAUUGUGUUGCCAGCUGACAGUCCUCAGCCUAGAGGAUUGUGACACCUUGCCACGCCCACCUCUGUUACAGAUACCAAAGCCUGGAGAUUACCUAGAUGUUCACGUCAGCCUGGUUUUUAACCCGGGAAAUUUUGUGUGUGUCCCAUAUGAAAGCAUGGAGGAGACUCUAGAGUUGAUGGCCCAGAUGUCAGUGUUCUAUACAAAGGUACCAAAUGCAAAAGUGAGCAUAGACAAGGUCAAACCAGGGGACCUGUUAGCUGGGGUGCUGGAAGGGGUCUGGUACAGGGUGGAAGUGAGGGCACUGGUUGGAGAACAGGUAUCUGUGUAUUUUGUUGAUUAUGGAGACUUCAGUAUCAUGUCACCAGAAGACUUACAGCCACUUCCAGCCCACUUUAGAUACAUGCCAUUCCAAGCUGUCAAGGCAAAAUUAGCAGGUGUUCGGCCUCUUGGUGGGAGGGACUGGUCCAAAGCAGCCAAGGACAGGUUUAUAGAACUGGCCAAUGAGAAGGAUCUGGUGGGACUGAUAUGUAAUGACAAGGAUUCUGAUAGGGUGGCUAUCAGAUUGAUUGACACUAGCCAGGAAGGGGUGGAUCUAACAAUUGACAGUGUGCUUGUUGAGGAGGGGCUUGUUGAAAGGAAGUGAUGGGAUGGGUGGAGUCAAUUUGUCAAGAAACUUGCAUCCUAACUGUUGAUUGGUUUUCGGGAGGAGCUGUAUUAGUUCGGCUGAUGUGAUUGAAUGAGGCUGGUUUCCUGUGUUGAUUGAUAUAUAUUGAAAACAAAAUGACUGAGGUGUCAGAUUGACAUAAAUGAAGUGCUUGCCAAAAAGAACUGCUUGCGAACAUCAGUAUUUUAUGAUAAUGCUCAAAAUUCUGCCCUUGCAAUCUUCUUUUUAAAUGGACAGAAAAUCAUUGAAUUUUUUUAAUUCAUUUCUUCAGGGCAGACAGUGGGAUGUGUUUGGUGGGAUGAGUGAGAUAGUUCUACAUAUAAUUGCAAGCAUCAAGCAGAAAUGAAUAAAAAAAAGUUUUGUCAAAAUUCUUCAGUCAAUCUAUGCAAAAGUCAUGGACUAUUUCAAAAUGCUCAAAGUUGCAUUCAGGGGCGGAUUUAGGCCGUCUUCUGGGUCUUCCGGAAGACGGUCAGAUUUUCAAGUUUACAUUGACGGGUAU